CAGUUCUUCCCAUACCUCAAUCUCUGUUGCCAUGGAGACUUCUAAUGGGACUGAGACCUGGUACAAGAGCCUCCACGCUGUGCUGAAGGCUCUGAACACCACCCUUCACAGUCACUUGCUCUGCCGGCCUGGACCAGGCCCAGGGUCAGGACCAGGGCCAGACAAUCAAACUGAGGAGCGUCGGGCUAGUCCUCCUGGUCGUAAUGACAACUCCUACAUGUAUAUUCUCUUUGUCAUGUUCCUAUUUGCUGUCACCGUGGGCAGUCUCAUCUUGGGCUACACCCGCUCACGCAAAGUGGACAAACGUAGCGACCCCUACCAUGUAUACAUCAAGAACCGGGUAUCUAUGAUCUGAUGUGAGGUGCCCAAGGACGAUGGAAGAUUAUGAUGCUGGCAGAUUGUCUUCUUGGGCCUCCAGAACUCAUCUGGACCAUGUCAAGCCUCAGUGUCUCUAUCUAUAUAAGAUCAACAAGAAAUUGGUAAGCAAGAUCAUCACUGGGACCAGAGAAGAGGGGCUGGUAGGCUUGGUGUUGUGGAGACGACAUUUUCCAGACAAAGAUGGGCAUGAUAAACUAACC